GCUUAAUAUCAUGGUGCGCCACCUAUAGAAUUCAAAAUAUGGACGUAAUAUAUGAUUUCUUCAAAAUCAAAUACGAUUGUUUUAUGAUUUUCAAUAACAAAGACAUCUACCAUCGUUCCAAUGGAUGAACUGACCAGCAACAGAUUCUACGAUGACUAAGCAAAUUUUUCUUCAAAGCGUAAAAGCUAGAGUAAAAUCAGAACUUUGGUGGUUUUUUGAUAUUGUAACUUGAAAAACUCACUUAAAAAGAAAUGUCCAUGGAUGGAAAACGAUCUAUAAAAAUGGAUCCUCUAUCACCUGGACCUUGUCUAGAUAUUAGCGAUGAUGAACUAGUAACUAUAUCAGUAAGAGAUUUAAACAGGCAGCUGAAAUUGCGUGGAUUAUCUAGAGAAGAAAUAGUACGUAUGAAACAACGUAGACGGACGUUAAAAAAUAGAGGAUAUGCAGCUAGUUGUCGUAUCAAAAGAAUUGAGCAAAAAGAUGAAUUAGAAUCGGAGAAAACUCAAGAAUAUCGUGAUAUGGAAGCUAUGCAGGAAGAUAAUAAUCAUAUGAGAGAAGAAAUUGAAUCUUGGCAUUCUAAAUAUCAAGCAUUAAAAAAAUUUGCAUUAGAAAAAAAGAUUCACAUUCCACCUGAAUUAGAAACUAUAUAAAAUAUUUAUUUAAGUAUUUUUAAAUUUUGUAUUGAAAUAAUAAAGAUAUUGAACAAUUAUUUGCUAAAUAUAUUAUUUCUAAAAAUUGAUUAAAGUUGUUGAAUGAAAAAGAAAUACAAGAAUUAUAUAAAAUAUAUAGUUAACUAUAAAAUUGUAAAUGCUUAGAUUGCAAUAUUUGCAAUCAAUUACAAUAAUUGUAAAUGAUUUGUACUUAUAUUAAAGACUAAAUAUAUUAUAUAGCAUUUAUUUAUCUAA